AUGGCUGGCCAAAAGACUGCUAUCAUCUCCGUCUACGACAAGACAGGCCUCCUUGACCUGGCCAAGGGCCUCAAGGAGGCCAAUGUCAGGCUGCUCGCCUCUGGCGGCACCGCCAAGAUGAUCCGCCAGGCGGGCUUUGAGGUCGAGGACGUCUCUGCCAUCACCAAGGCGCCUGAGAUGCUCGGCGGACGCGUCAAGACUCUGCACCCGGCUGUCCACGGCGGCAUUCUCGCGCGCAACCUCGACUCGGACGACUCGGACCUCUCUGCGAACAGCAUCGACAAGAUCGACUUCGUUGUCUGCAACCUGUACCCGUUCUCCGAGACUGUUGCCAAGAUCAAUGUCACCAUCCCGGAGGCUGUCGAGGAGAUUGACAUCGGCGGUGUCACUCUUCUACGCGCUGCGGCCAAGAACCACGCACGCGUUACCAUCGUCAGCGACCCCAAUGACUACCACGACCUCCUUACCGAGCUAAAGAACAACGGCGGCGAGGUUUCUGAGAAGAGCAGACAGCGAUACGCUCUCAAGGCCUUCGAGCAGACAUCUACAUACGACAGUGCCAUCUCCGAGUUCUUCAGGAAGAAGUAUGCCGGCGAUGGCGAGCAGUUCCUGCCCCUGCGCUACGGCGCCAACCCUCACCAGAAGCCCGCGACCGUCUCCAUGACCGACAAGCCCCUGCCGUUCAAGGUCCUUGGUGGAUCACCCGGAUACAUCAACUUGUUGGAUGCCUUGAACGCAUGGCCUCUGGUCAAGGAGUUGAGCAAGGCGCUCGACUACCCGGCAGCUGCCAGCUUCAAGCACGUUUCGCCCGCCGGUGCUGCCAUCGGUGUUCCCCUUAGCGCCGAGGAGAGGCAGGUCUACAUGGUCGACGAUAUCGCGGGCAUUGAGAGCUCUGGUCUUGCGCAGGCCUACGCCAGAGCACGCGGUGCUGACAGGAUGUCCAGCUUCGGUGACAUGAUUGCUCUGUCUCACGAGGUUGAUCUGCCCACCGCCAAGAUCAUCAGCCGAGAGGUCUCCGAUGGUGUCAUUGCACCUGGCUAUACUGCUGAGGCUCUCGAGAUCCUCAAGAAGAAGAAGGGUGGCAAGUACCUUGUCCUUCAGAUGGACAACGACUACGUGCCCUCUACCGAUGAGUCGAGGACGGUCUACGGCAUUACUCUCAAGCAGCACCGCAAUGAUGCUAAGAUCGUGCCUUCUGAUACUUUCAACACCGUCAUUGUCCCCAAGGGCACUGGCGCACUGCCCAGUUCAGCUCAGCGCGAUCUGGCCGUGGCUACCAUUGCGCUCAAGUACACUCAGUCCAACAGUGUGUGCUACGCGCUCAACGGCCAAGUCAUUGGUCUCGGUGCUGGUCAGCAGUCUCGUAUUCACUGCACACGUCUCGCCGGUGACAAGGCUGACAACUGGUGGAUGCGCUUCCACGAGCGUACCCUCAACCUCAAGUUCAAGAAGGGUACCAAGCGCCCCUCCAAGUCCAACGCCAUCGACCUUCUCUGCUCUGGUCUCAUCCCCGAUAGUGGCAUUGAGUACGAUGACUUCGCCGCAAACUUCGAGGAAGGUCAAGUUCCCAAGAACUUCACCUCGGAAGAGCGCAAGGAGUGGUUGUCGAAGCUGCAGGGCGUCGCUCUAUCUUCGGACGCAUUCUUCCCCUUCAUCGAUAAUGUGUUCAGGGCGCACAGGAGCGGUGCUAAGUACAUCGCAGCACCGACAGGUAGCCAGAAUGAUGGCGCAGUUUUCGAGACCGCUGAGAAGCUUGGUAUUACAUUCGUCGAGCAGCACAUUAGGCUGUUCCACCACUGA